UGGGAGUACCAGUACCCUAAUCAAGGUCAGCAAAGCAAGUAUAGUAUGAUUCAUGGCCGCUGGCGUGUUUUGCAGAGGUUUCAGUAGGGUUGCUGUGCAGGAGAAGCGAUGUCUGCAUCAGCGGGCGUACAGAAGGGAUGGGUGUUUGCUGGAAUUGGGGGAGACCAUGCAGGCGAGAGGAAGAGGUGAGUGGGAAAAUUUAUUUGUUGUGAAGGCCUUUGGAAAC